AUGGCAACUAUAGCAUCGGGCCGCCCGGCUAUGAAGCUGGAUGCACCGGCUUCGCAUCCCUACAGCUGCAACACAUGCCAGGUCGCUUUCCGGAAUAGCGACCUGCAGAAGAACCACAUGAAGGGCGACUGGCAUCGGUAUAACCUCAAGCGUCGCGUUACUUCCCUUCCUCCCAUCUCGUCCGAACUGUUCGCCGAGCGUGUCAUCCAGUCCCGAGCAUCCACAGCUGCCGAGGCGGACAGGGCCAGCUUUGAGCGUGUUUGCGAAGUCUGCCAGAAGACGUACUACAGCGAAAACUCGUUCCGGAACCACAUCUCGAGCCAGAAGCACAAGGCCAAGGAGGUCGUCGCAGCCAUCCGUGGUCGGGGUGUAAGGGAUGGUGAUGAGGGAAGCUCUGUCUUGAGUUCCACCUUCUCCCUAGGUGAGCCUCACCAGAAGGCAGUCGAUAUCACCAGCGAGACUGUCGACUCCGACGCCGAAGAAGAGUUCACUCAGGUCGUGAAGAACCUGAAGAAGGCUACCAUUGAAGGGGAGCCGUCUUUGCUGAAGCGCCCGGAGCAUCCGCAUCUCUCCGCUGCAGCCCAGCACAAAGACGAACAUCCCCUGACGCAAGCGACUGCCACUUCAGCGUCCGAGGACACGGCAACUCCAGCGCUGUCCAAGUCGGGCGCGCCGGCCCACUCACUGAACCUCUGUCUCUUCUGCAACUAUGCCUCGCCUUCCGUCGCUCUCAACACGGCUCAUAUGGAGCGCUUCCACGGCAUGUUCAUUCCGGAAAAGCAGUACCUCGUCGACACCGACGGCCUGCUGGACCUGCUGCAGACCCGCAUCCGUGACGACCAUGAAUGCAUCUACUGCGGCAAGAUCCGAGCAGACGUGUUCGCCGUGCAGACCCAUAUGCGGGACAAGGCCCACUGCAAGAUUCCCUACUCGACCGUCGAAGAGCAGGUGGAGAUUGGCGACUUUUACGGCUUCCGUGCAACAUACUCCGACAGCGAGCCCGACGAGGAGUCGAGCGAGGACGAAAAGGAAUUGAAGACGAACGGCGGUGCUAAGCUCGGCACCAAGCUCGGCGCAAGGCGUGCCACAAAAACGACUGUCGCUGGUGGUGAUGGAUCUAUGUCCGACGACGAUGAGGACGACAGAGAAGGCAACGGAUGGGAGACGGACAGCUCUGCGUCGUCACUCGACUCGGAUGAUCUGACCGCCGUCCCUGCCGACAACCACUACCACCAAUUCGACCGCCUGGAGAGGCACCCACACCACAGCCAGACCGACCCUAGGGCUCACCACCAGACCGACGGCUGGCACUCGCACGCACACAAACACAACCACGCCGUCUUCUACGACGAGUACGAGCUGCAUCUGCCAUCGGGCCGCUCUGUCGGCCAUCGGUCACUCAACCGCUACUUCCGACAGAAUCUCCGCAACUAUCCUUCGCUGGCCGAGCGCGAAAAGCUGGGCCACUUCGCCCUCGAGGCCGGAGACGAAGCCACCGACGCUGGUGCAGAUGUCAUGGAGCUGGACGAAGACGCCGCUACCAGCGGAGAGCCAUCAUCGGCUCUCACGCGCACAAACCGAGCAGUGUCAACACGUCCUCCACCACGCAACACUCUCGGCCUAGCCGGCGUGUCAGACAAGUCAAAGGCCGCCCUUGUCAAGGUCGAACGCAAAGCAGUUUUGUCAAAGACCAUCGCGACGGACAAAGCCAGGAUUCGGCACAGCGCAAAGUCCAUCGGACAGAGCUUCCGCUUCUUGGGACGCACAUGA